GCGGCGGUAUAUGUUGUCCUCGAGACGAUUGAGAUGGCAACACUAGGCGAGCGCCGUUGCUCGCGGACGGAGAGCUUCUCGCGCGCUCUCUUCUUCCUUUCCUCUCCUAUAACCCAUGACUGCCUCUUUGUUGGGCUCCUUCCUCGUCCUCCAACCCAUCAAACCCUUGAAACCCCGCCUCCACCGAAACCCUAGAAUCCCCCGUUCCUCAAUCACUAUCUGCGCGGCGGAGCCCAGACCUAUCAAGAACGGCGGCGGCGAAAGGAGGAGCUCCAUGGAGGUCGGCGGCGGCGGCGCCCCUCGAAGAAGAAACCCUAGAAAGAGCUCGUACGGGACCUCCCGGAGGUCGGUCAUCAAGAAGUCAUUCGCCCAGGAGCAGGUCGUGUUCGCCACCCCAGUGGCCAAGGACCCCGUGGUCGCCAUCAUCGGCGGGGGCAUUUCGGGGCUGAUCUGUGCUUCCACCCUCGAGGAAAGGGGGAUCCGUUCCACGGUCUUUGAUACGGGUGUGCAUGGCUUAGGUGGUAGGAUGGCGACAAGAAUGAUUGAUCCCCAGCCACUUGUAUUUGAUCAUGCAGCUCAAUUCUUUACUGCAAGUGAUCCAAGGUUUCAGAAGCUGGUUGACAGAUGGUUGGAGAAAGGGUUGGUACGCCAAUGGAAGGGGCUGUUAGGAGAGCUUGAAGCUGGUGGUCGUUUUACUCCUAUAUCUUCUUCUACUGCAAGAUAUAUAGGCAUGAAAGGAAUGCGUCCCCUUGCAGAUUCAAUUCUAUGCCAGAAUCGUUGGGUUAACAUUGUGAGGCCUUGCUGGAUAAGUAAGCUUGAGCCAUUUAAUGGGAUGUGGUAUUUAACUGAGAAGGAGAAACCCCAUGGCCACUUUGAUGCAAUAGUUAUUGCACACAAUGGAAAAUGUGCAAAUCGAUUGCUUUCGACAUCUGGCUUGCCACUGCUAACAAGACAGAUGAAGAGGCUGGAACUGAGUGCUGUCUGGGCACUUCUUGCAGCAUUUAAAGAUCCACUUUCAAUUCCUCAUAAUGGAGCUUUUACAGACUUUGAAGGAGCUUUUGUAAAGGGUGUUGAUUCUCUUUCAUGGAUGGCCAACAACACCAGCAAACUUUUUCCUUUACACAGUGACAUGCCUCAGUGUUGGACUUUUUUCAGCACGGCUGCUUAUGGAAAAAGGAAUAAAGUGCCACAGGAGAAUAUCCCUAAAGUCACAGCAGAAAAAGUAAAGGAGGACUUGCUUAACGAUGUAGAAUUUGCUCUUGGACUGUCUAAGGGAUCACUUCAGUGUCCAUUUUAUACACGAGUCCAAUUAUGGGGUGCUGCUCUUCCAACCAACACUCCUGGGAUUCCUUGUAUCUUCGAUCCACAUGGGCGGGCAGGAAUUUGUGGUGACUGGCUACUUGGGUCUAGUGUGGAAGCUGCAGCUAUUAGUGGAUUGUCUCUUGCAAAUCAUAUUGCAGAUUAUUUCCAAAGUGGUGGAGCUCAGCCUGAUGACUUUGCGGUUGGGUUGCAUAAUGAGUUUCAUGCAGUUGCUGGUCAUGAUAUUGGUCAGUUUCCUGGUUUGAAAUCUGAAAAGCAAGUGCUUGAACCUCAGACAUGGACGAUCUGAUCAAAGAGAUACGUUAAGGUCUUCCUUGUCAGUGAAGUCCAUAGCCUCUCAGACCAUCCAAAUACCAUUUUGAUCUAUGGAUGUAACGAAAGGUCAAAAAGCAGAUCAAACUAUGUCGCCCUGGUGAUUUUCACAUUAAGAAGUGACAGUAAAAUACAUUUUCUGUGAUACUAAAUGAUCUGACGAGAUAUAUUGGCUGGCACCUUGAAGUGGCUAUCUAUGACAUUUCA